GCUACUUCUCAAGAAAGGAAGGGGCAGCGGAAUCAAAAGCUUCGAUCAUGCGCUCUGGAGAAAUGCGAUGCAAUAACUGCCCUUCAAGAGGGUGCAAGAAAUGCCCCCUAUACGGUGUCGGUGAGAACCCUGAGUACCUGAAAAGAAAGGCAGCUCGAGAGGCCAAAAGGGGCAUGAGGACGUCCGCUCGCAUCGAUCUCAGCGACGGUGAUGACAGCUCGAGCCUCAGUCAGAUGAUCUACUCGGACUCAAUCACCGACACGUCCUCUUCCGAUUUCUCUGCCUAGGAGCCUCCAGGAUCUCGCUCAGCUUGUGGGGAGGGCGGCAAGACAACAUUGGAUUUGUUUUUGGAGCACCUUUACUUUCAACAACAUUUUACUGUGGCU